CGGGCCGAGGAGGGCCGGGAGGCUGUGGCGGUUAAUUCUUUUCGCCGUGCGUCUUCGCUGCCCUGCGUCGGGGCUGCUCUUAGGCUGCGAGAGAUGGUCAGGUCCGGAACUCGAGCAGGCCAGGUGUUAUCUUCAGGAAGGCACACUGGACCUGCUAAAUUAACAAAUGGAAGGAAACGGACCCAUUUAAGAAAAAUAGCACGUUUUAAUGCAGAUUCUGGCUAUCCCAUCCAUUCUGAUUCAGAAAGUCAGACUGAAACCGUACAGGGGCUUGACGGCUGUGCUUCUUUGCUGCGGGACAUUAUGAGAAAUGAAGAUUCAGGUACAGAAACAGCAUAUUCAGAAAAUAGAUAUAAUUCUAGAACUUCAGAAGGGAAAAGAUACGGAUCUAAAAAAAAAGGACAGGACAAACAUACUAUUCCUUUAGUCCAGAAAGAAAUGUUAUCCUCAAAUAACAAGAAACAGAUACCCAAUGAAGCUUCUGCUGGAAGUAAAAGAAACACAUCAGACAUACCUCAAAAUUGGUCACUGCAGGAUCAUUAUAGAACAUACUCACCCAUAAUAUACCAAGCCCUCUGUGAACAUGUGCAGACUCAAAUGUCACUGAUGAAUAAUUUGGCCUCAAAGAACAGCACAAAAGGAAUCCCUGCUGUACCUUGCCAUACUGUGUCUGGUUCUGAAUCCCAGGCAACAUCACAGUCUAAUUAUGGCUUAUGUACCUCCAUUCCAGUCUGGUCAGCUCAGCAGCCACCAUGCCCUUCAGUGGUUCAUGCUGAAGUUCAAACCUGUGGUGACAACCAGUUUGCAUCACAAGGCAGAACAGUUUCUGUGAACUGUAGUGGUGUUCCAAGGAAUUCACCGAAUACCAGUCCUGCACUUCCACGCAGCCUGCCCCACACUGACAGAUCAGCUCUUCCAACAUUUCAGCAGCUGGGUCUUGCUAAUGGGACUCUGCCACAAGGAGUUCCUAAGGAAGCAGACCUACUAAAGUGUUUUCAAACAUAUAUGUCUCUGUUUCAAUCUCAUGGAAAAGAAACUCAUCCUGACAAUCAGACAUACCAAAGCCCUACUCGAUCACAACAAGCUUUCUUGGCAAGUAGUGAAGACAAAGAUACCAGAGAACAAAUUGGAGAGUCCACCAGUGAAGGAAAGGAUUUAAACAUACAUAAACAAGAUGCAAAAAUAGUCAAGGAUGUACAGAAGGCCAAAAAUGUGAAUCAGACUGCUGAAAAAGUUAGAACUAUAAAGUAUUUGUUGGGAGAGCUCAAGGCCCUGGUAGCAGAACAAGAGGAUUCAGAAAUUCAGAGGUUGAUUACAGAAGUGGAGGCCUGUGUAUCUGAGCUUCCAGCUGUAAGUGGAAACACAAAUAUUCAAGUUGAGAUAGCAUUGGCCAUGCAGCCAUUAAGAAGUGAAAAUUCUCACUUACGAAGGCAAUUGAGAAUUUUGAACCAGAGACUUAGAGAACAAGAAAAAACAAAAAAGACAACUGGUUCUUUGGAAUGCAACCUUGAAUUGUUUUCUCUUCAGUCAUUAAACAUGUCACUGCAAAAUCAACUACAGGAGUCACUGAAGAAUCAGGAAUUACUACAAAGUAAAAAUGAAGAGCUCCUAAAAGUGAUUGAAAAUCAGAAAGAUGAAAACAAAAAAUAUACUAGUAUAUUUAAAGAAAAAGAUCAAACUAUACUUGAAAAUAAACAGCAGUUUGACAUUGAGAUAACAAAAAUAAAAAUUGAACUAGAGGAAGCCUUAGUUGAUGUGAAAAGCUCCCACUUUAAGUUGGACACUGCUGAAAAGGAAAAUCAGAUACUAGGAAUAACAUUACGUCAGCGUGAUGCCGAGGUGGCUCGGCUGAGAGAGUUAACCAGAACCUUACAGAACAGUAUGGCCAAGCUGCUCUCAGAUCUUAGUGUGGACAGUGCGCGCUGCAAGUCUGGGAAUAACCUCACCAAAUCACUUCUGAACAUUUAUGAUAGACAACUUCAGCAUGAUCCAAUCCCUGCUCACACUUCCAUAAUGAGCUACCUAAAUAAGUUAGAAACAAAUCACAGUGUUGCACAUUUGGAACCACUGUCUACAGUUAAAAAUGAGGAAACGACAGAGCCAGAUAGACCUUAUGAAAAUGUUCUGCCAUCGAAAGGCCCUCAACCUAGAAACACUAGCGGCAGGGAAGAAGAGCCUGUGUCUGGAAUUAUUUCUGCCCUUUCAAAGCAGGAUUCAGAUGCAGAGAAUGAAACUUUGACUGUAAUAGAAGAUGAAUGUAACUUGGAUAGUACAGUUUACAUUCCUUUUGUUAGAAGCACUUCUAAAAUGAAUUCACCACUUUCAAAGAGACUGUCCCCCCAGCCGCAGAUGAGUGUUGCUGCCACACAACUCAUCGGGAACAGUGGACUUUUCUCUGAAACAGAAAAGAAACUGUGUGCACCUGCAGUAUCUUGUUCUUCAAGACAAGAAGUAGAAGAUGCACAUGAAAAACUUUCCAGAACAGCUGAUAUGGAGGACAAACAGCUCCUGAAGAAAAUAAAGGAAGCAAUUGGUAAGAUCCCUGUUGCCAGGGAGGAUCCAGAGGCUACAUGUCAGGGCCCUUCAGCUUGUCACAAAAGCAGCGUUCGAGUGAAAGGCAGCACUGCCUGUGAUGGCAGUGUUCUCAAUUCUGACUUGAUGUCUGACUGGAGCAUCUCUUCUUUUUCAACAUUCACUUCUCUUGAUGAACAAGACUUCAGAAAUGGCCUUGCGGCAUUGGAUGCCAACAUAGCUAGACUCCAGAAGUCCUUACGGUCUGGUCUUCUGGAGAAAUGAACUAAGAAGAAAACUAAUUGAGUGCUUCCUCUUUUUAAGAUUAGAACUUGGCUACAUUGAAGGUAUAUUUUAAGUUUCUUUAGAGAAAUAAUGUUUAUAUUAAUUAUGUAUAAAAUAAAUUAUAUGACUAAUAAAUCUAUUAUUGAAUUAUUUUGACACUGUGGAGCUUACAAAA